UGGCACUUGGAAAUGUAAUGUCUAUGUUCUUUAUAUCAGCAAUUUUCAGUGAUUACUUGGUAUCAAAAUGGGUAAAAAAAGCCCCAAAAACUCUCCCAAGAAAUCUGGAAUGCCUUCAAAGUCAUCACCUGCAACUGCAGGUUCAAGUUCUGAAAAGAAAAGUGUUUCUAUCACAAGUAAUAAAGGAGUUAUAGCAUCUUCCAAUUCACAAUAUACACCAGCAGCAUCAGACUGUGUCCCCUCUCCAAAACUGGGUGAAACCUCAUCAGGAGUGGCUGCACUUGAUAAAUCAAUGGAAAGAUUAUCCAUUGAUGAUAGAGUCAAGGUAGAUACUAAAGUUGUAAUUGGUUCUAAGAAAGAAACACCAAGUUCCACAGAUAGUCCACAUAUUCAAAAUACCAAUUUAGAGAAUUCAAUUAAAUCAAGUAGUACUCAUCAAAAAUUACCUAUCAUGCCUCUUGAGCUGGAUAAUGCCCCUCAGAAGUCUCAGUGGUCCGUGGAAGAAGAAAUGGACACCGUAUUGAACUUAAUUGACUCCAUCUAUUAUGUCUCAGAGCACGACAAAGCAUUGGCUACAUUUGACCUUAUCAGAGGUGUCAUAUCGGAAGAAAAACAAUGGAAGAGUCCCAGAGAGAUGAUAGACCGAAUCAUGACCAUCUAUGCUGAAAUUACUGCCAAGGUUCCUUAUGACACAACAUCAAGAAAUGUCAUCCUCAAACUCAGAAAGAUAAUUCUGGAUGAGUUCAGGGAAGCUGCAAAAGAUAUAAUGGCCCUAUCGAAAGUGUCUUCAACUUCAAAUUUCAUGAAGUCCAUCUCUGUGCUGAAUGAUGUCAUCAGCCUAGAUGCUGCACAGUUGCCAACGCUACCAGAUUCUGUCAACACUGUAGACCUGGCACAGAAAGUCAAGGAAAACGUCUUGGCGCUCAUGAUGGAGUACAAGAUGGAGCUUGAGAACAUUCCUACCCUGAUCGUGAACCAGGCCAAGAACAUCAUUGUCGAGGAUGAUGUUGUCAUGACUCACUCUUACUGCCCAAUUACCGCCCAGCUCUUCAUCAACGCCGCACGUCACUGCAAUUACACGCUCUAUGUCGUCGAGUCCCAGCCACUAUGCUAUGGGCACCUUCUCCUGGACGAUCUCAGGGGCAGCGAAGUGAACACGAUCCUCAUCCCAGACUGCAACGUGGGCGCCCUCAUGCCCAAGAUGACGAAGGUGAUAAUGCCCUGCAGCGCUAUCCUCGCUGACGGCAGCGUCAAAACCCUCUCUUUUGGGGGAGUCAUCUCGCACGUCGCCAUGACUGACAAAAAAGAGGUUUAUGUGAUAGCUGCCAAUUACCAGUUCACGCCAUCCCUGGUGAGUAACGUGAACCUGGAUUUAGAUCCACUCGAGGUUGACUCCGUGGGCUACAGCAGCAACUUUGGCUCCUUCCUCAAGAAGUUUGACCUCACAGACUGCACCGACGUCUGCAAGCACAUCACCAACACGGGCGCUGUGCCCCCCGCGCAGGCAUCUCGCGUCAUGGCUGACAUGUACAACCCUCGUCUGGACAACGAAGAGCCGCUCUCUAUCGUCUAGUGCUCGUCUACCGUCACGCAGUUUUGCCUAUAGCAAGAAAAAUUUUGCAACAAUGCCACAGUGUGACCAGAAUAUUAUCAGGCCAAAUCUAGAAUUAGUAGUUUAGUGUCACUGAUUUUGCAGUUUAAAAUGGAAUUUUUACGUGUUGUUGCACGAUCUAAAUUUCCAGUUAAGUGUCCAAGAUUUCAUUAGUUUAAAAAGUAUUUGGUCGAUAUUUUCUAAAAAAUUUUCAGUAUUUAAUUCAGUCUCCCAGAUCUGAAUUUGAUAGUAGAACUAUGGAAUAAUACUUGCGGAGACGUUGCAAGUUUCUGAGCGAUAUAUCUUGAACGCAUUCACACGAGAUACUUGAAUGGUGAUUGUCUUAGGAGGGUUUUUGGACCUUUCUGACGAAAUUUCUGGCUCGUUCCAUGAUCUGUGUGACUAGACUUUGAUGGUAUUUGUAUUUAUUUAUUGGUGGCAGGUUCAUAAGUCGAUUUUUCAGCCUCAUGGUGUAGCCUGUAUCUUUGAAUGUGAUCAGCUAGCAAUUUUUUCGUGUGUAUUUUACAUUUUUUAUACGAUUUUUCGCGUCAUGGACCUCAGAAGAAAAGUGUAAUUCUAAUUCUAUCACGGAAAUUUUUCUUGGAGUAUUUAGUGCUGAAACAACAUAUUAAACACUCACGGGUUCAGCGCACUUGGUUAUGAAUUGAUAUUUGUAUGCUUUGUUACAUGUUGGACAGUUUGCAUCGACCAAGCACGCAGCACACACCCGAAAAUAAAAAUGAGACUUCCUCACUGAAAUGAAAAAAAUGUAACUCAGU